UGAGCCAUGCAGAACGAACACUAAACACACGAGGAGACACACAAGCACAAUGUAAAGGCCAAUCCACUGCCAGCCUAUUGAAAAUAUCUCAUUUCCAUUGAAGUAAUUUAGCAGACACUCUUCUCCAGAGCGACUUACGUUUUCAUUCUCUUCUUUUUCUUGCGUACUGGUCCCCGUGGAAAUCGAACCCACAAUUCUGGCGUUGCAAGCACCAUGCUCUACCAACUGUCAAUUAAACUGUCAAUGUGUAAUGAUCUUAUUAUUGGGCCGUCAACCUUUUCCACAGUCAAAUUUGUACAUAAACACACAUUAAUCUUGGCCUGCCUGGCUGUUAAUUCACAGGUGGGACUUCCUCCAUCUUCAUGUGUAAACUGUGCAACCUGUUCUCUCCACACCGAGCACAGCUCCUCUCCCAUGUGUCUGAGAAGCACCACACAGAGGGGCUCAACCCUGAUGACAUCAUUGUGGCCCUCAUGCCAUUGACAGCUCCACUGGAGAAUGGUGGAGGUGAGCACCUCCUCAAAGCAACCAGAGAUACUAAUGGUGGAGAUAGCCCUGUUAAGAGAAAACGAGGACGUCCUAAGGGCUCAACCAAGAAGAUUGUAGCUGAUGGGCCCAUGACAGAGACUACUAGCCCCAACCAGAAAAAGCAGAAACAACAGACAGUAGAGGCCCAAUCAGAAGCUGGGCCAGUGGACGAGGAAGAACCAGAGGACAACAAUGCCCUGGACUGCAAGAAGUGCAACCGUGUGUUCGGCAACAGACGACAGAUCAUGAAACACAUCUGCUUGAUGGACCUCAGAGAGGAUGAGGAUCAGGAGGAGGACAACGACAAAGAGUUUGAGGCUCAACCUGGCGCAGCAGAAGGCAAAGAGGAGGAUAGGGAGAGAAGCUCAAAGAGGCCACGGCCACUCCGCUCUGAGAGGGUUUCUCUUGUGAAGGAGCAGGAACCAGCAGGAGGCCCCAAGAACCCCAUCAUCAGUGUGGUUCUGACCGCUCAUGAGGCACUUCCUGGUGCGACAAGGAUAGUGCCGAUCGAGGCCACCCCGGCAGAGCCGGUUGCUCCAGCAGACACAGACCCUCAGGAGGCAGGACAGAAGAGAGGAUUUCAGGAAUAUUCCAUACAACAAGCUGCUUAUGAAGUGCCAUUAAAGUCAAACAGAAUAGGACAGACCCAGUUGAAGAUCUUCACCUGCGAAUACUGCAACAAGGUCUUCAAGUUCCGCCACUCGUUGCAGGCCCAUCUGCGAACCCACACCAACGAGAAACCCUUCAAGUGCCCACACUGUGACUACGCCAGUGCCAUCAAAGCCAACCUCAGUGUUCACGUGCGCAAGCACACGGGAGAGAAGUUCAGCUGUGAACACUGCUCCUUCCAGUGCCUCAGCAAGGGCCACCUCAAGGUGCACGUGGAGAGAGUUCACCACAAGAUCAAGCAGCACUGUCUCUUCUGCAAAAAGAAGUACUCUGAUGUCAAGAACCUGCUGAAACACAUGAGGGAGAGCCACGACCUAGAGGACAAGAAGGUGAAGGACUCGUACCAUGAGUAUAGUCUACAGACCAGGGAAGGCAAGAGGCAGCUCCUCUACGACUGCCAGAUCUGCGACCGCAAGUUCAAGAACGAGCUGGACCGCGACCGCCACAUGAUGGUUCACGGUAGCGAGAGGCCGUUCGGCUGCGAGCUGUGUGACCACGGCUGCACCAAGUUUCAGGCUCUCCAGGCUCACGUCCGUAAGCAUCCCUUCCUCUACGUGUGUGCCGCCUGCCAGCAGAAGUUUGUCAGCUCUGUGCGGCUGAAGGCCCACCUGAAGGAGGCUCACCCAGAGUCAGAGGAGGCGGUUGGGUUCUCAGAGUCCAUCAACAGCAGCUUCUGUCUGCUGGAGCCGGGGGAUGACAUCAAGAGAGAGAUGCUGAGACAGGAUGAGAUCAGGAUGGCUGAGGAGCUAUCUCUACUCAACGCCCAGCAGGAGGAGGAGGAGGCCUUCGCUGGUGACCCCUCAGAGGAACAGGAGGAGGCCCUCGCUGGUGACCCCUCAGAGGAACAGGAGGAGGCCCUCGCUGGUGACCCCUCAGAGGAACAGGAGGAGGCCCUCGCUGGUGACCCCUCAGAGGAACAGGAGGAGGCCCUCGCUGGUGACCCCUCAGAGGAACAGGAGGAGGCCCUCGCUGGUGACCCCUCAGAGGAACAGGAGGAGGCCCUCGCUGGUGACCCCUCAGAGGAGCAGGGGGAGGGAGAGGAACAGGAGGAAGGACUGGGAGAGGGAGAGGAACAGGUGGUCCCUGAUCCAGGGCCUGAGGAGACAUGCGUGUUAAAUCAACCUGCACAAGAGACUGAGACUCUACAAGACAGAACUGAGCCAAUAAGUCCUGAACAAACCCAGACAGCAAGCAAAGGCACGACCCAGGAAGUAAUCAGUGAGGAGAGACGUGACAAGACACUGAUGGAGGAAGACAAGCCUCAUGGGGAGAAUAACGUCAUUGUGGCUGAACAAGACACUUUGGUAGAGAGGCCUUCAGGCAAGGAGGAGUCAGUGGUGGGCCACCAGCAGCAUCCAGAAGAAGACAAAGGUUCUUCAUCAACAUCACAAGGUCAUGUUGAGGAGACUCUCCGGUCUUUGGUUCUGAUUCAGGGGGAGGUCAUAGGUCAAACAAACGCUUCAGCUGGCCCACAAGGAGAAGAUGGCACAACGGAGGAGAGGAGCGCUUUCCAACAGAUUCUAGAUAAGUUGCAGAAAAGGCAGCUGAACAUGGUUGUCUUUGACAGAAUCCGAAAAGUAUACGGGGACCUGGAAUGUGAAUACUGUGGAAAGCUCUUCUGGUACCAAGUGCACUACAACAUGCAUGUGCGUACUCACACAAAAGAGCAUCUACAUUACUGUACCCAGUGCAGCUAUUCGUCCAUCACCAAGAACUGUCUGAAGCGUCAUCUGAUCCAGAGACACAGUAACAUCCUGCUCCAGUGCCCCAUGGAACACUGUCAGUACUGCACACCUGACAAGUACAAGCUGCAGGCCCACCUCAAAACACACUUUGACAAUGAGAAGAAAAGCUUUGCUUGCCCUGUGUGUGAGGAAACGUUCACUGAAGAUAAACUUAAGCAUCAUAUCAAGAGCUUUCAUCCAGAUACGCCGAUGAACACCAUCUCCGAGGCGCUUGGGGUGCGGGUGCAGGUGAAGGGCUUGAUCGGGAAGAGAGCGUCUAAGUGUCCUUACUGUGACAGCUACUUCAUGAGGAACGGAGCUGAUCUGCAGCAGCACAUCUGGGCUCACCAAGGAGUGAAGCCCUUCAAGUGUUCCCUGUGUGACUACGCCAGCCGCAGUAAGAGCAACCUGAAGGCCCACAUGAGCAGACACACCACGGAGAAGACACACCUGUGUGACAUGUGUGGCAAGAAGUUCAAGUCCAAGGUCACUCUGAAGAGCCACAAGCUGAUGCACACAGAGGACGGCAAGCAGUUCCAAUGUACAGAGUGUGAUUACAGCGCUGCACAGAAACCUCUACUGGUACGACACAUGGAGCAGCACGCCUCUUUCAAGCCCUACCGCUGCGGCCACUGUCACUACUCCUGUAACAUAGCAGGACCCCUGAAGAGACAUUACAGCAAGAAGCACCCCAACCAGGAGUACUGUAACGCAGGGCCUGGGCCAGCCACCUCUGAGGCUGUGGAGCAGCAAGGUGGAGUGAAGUGUCCUGUGUGUGACUAUGUGUACGGUACCAAGUGGGAGAUGAACAGACACCUGAAGAACAAGCAUGGCCUCAAAGUGAUUCAGAGUGACGUGCUUGGUCUCAACCAAUGGGAGGUGGUGGAGCAGUCGGUGGAGGAGCCCCUUACCCAGUACCUCCACAUCACUGAGACAGAGGACCCUCAGGGGACCGAAGCUGCCGUGUCGGCCCUCCAGGAUCUCAGGUUCACAGAGAACGGGGUGGUGGCGACCACCACAGAAGGGCUGGAUCCCACAACGGUUAACAUCCUGCAGCAGAUCAUUGAGCUGGGGGCAGAGUCUAAUGAUGCCACAGCAGCCUCUAUGGUGGCCAUGGUCCCUGGCAGAGUGACCGUGGUGGAGCAGGUGGCUGAGGAGGAGCAGGGGAGCCACACUGUGAUGAUCCAGGACCCCUUCCAGCAGGCAGCCUCCAUGGGGAUGGGUGAGGAGCACCAUCUGGUGGUGUCAUCUGAUGAUGUGGAGGGCAUGGAGACGGUCACCGUGUACACUCAGGGAGAGGACGCCUCCCAGUUCAUCGUCUAUGUCCAAGAGGCUGUGCAGACCGAGGAGCAUACUGUGGAAUCUAUCUGAGCGUUGGUGCAGGCAUGGAGGAGCAGUCAACAGUUUCAUCCCGGGUCAUUCAGUAGGUGGAAGACAUUUUUAACACGGGGAGAUAUUACCUGAACUUGUCCAAUUAGAACACAGAUUUGCAUUGUUCCGUUGCUAGACAUUUUUCUACAGUGUGCCCUAUUGAACUCCACCCUGGCUUGCUCUAUGAAACCCACAACCAAUCUCCAAUGGCUUUGAUUGGAAUAACAUAGUGGCUUGAAAUGUAUCAUUUCAUCGCUUAUACCUUUUCUCUGUGAUUAGCAUAUUCUUACGUUAAUUCAACUUAAUAUAGCAAAGGCUUUUCUUAGAAAACAAGAUUUUGGAAUGUACUUUUUAUACAAGGGGAUAAUUCAAAUAUUCAUGGCGGGAUUCAAUCUGUACUGCAGUGGACAAUGAGCCUUUGAAAGGCUUCGUUACCGCGUUCACAGAGAUCACAUUCAAGGCAAACGCUACAGAGGACGCCUUAAAUCGGAAAUGACCCUUUUAAAAUAUCAAGAGCCUUUUCAGAUUGCAUCUCGGCCUUUUAUUUAACUUACAACAGUUGCAGUUUUUGCAUGAUGUGCCUUUAAUGUUUACAACGGAUCAUUUACAGGACUGGAUUCUUUAUAGGACUAGAUUGGUGAUCAUGUUUUUCUAUAUACACCCCCCCCCAUCCUGUUGACUAAUAUUUCUACACCUAUUGGAAUGGUGGUCAAUGAACAAUUAAACGUAUCAUGACAAACUCAA